GUAACAGUUUGAUCUGACAGAAGCGUGAGAUCCCAGACUUCCUGUGUGGGAAGAUCAGCUUUGAGCUGAUGAGAGAACCCUGCAUCACACCCAGUGGAGUCACGUAUGACAGGAAAGACGUCGAAGAGCACCUGCAGUUUUCCAGCCACACCAAACAGAGUUGACUCUGCGUGGUCCUGACUGUACAACAUCUCCACUGAACAGAAGACACAUUUAGAGGACUCACACCAUGAAGGUCAGAGUUUUGCUCAUGCUGGUGGCCUUAGCGGUUACAGGAAGCAACGCACAGCUGGACGUUUGUGGCAUCGCACCGCGCAACACCAGGAUCGUAGGAGGUGGGGAUGCUCCUGUAGGGGCCUGGCCCUGGCAGGUCAGUGUGAACUAUAAGGGGAGACUCGCCUGUGGAGGCACCCUGAUCAACAACCAGUGGGUCCUGACUGCUGCCCAGUGCAUCGUCAGCGACAUAUCCAAUUACACCAUCCACCUCGGGCGUGAAUAUCAGCUACAGCCCAACCCAAACGAGGUGUCCCUCCAAGUGUCCAAGACCAUCGUACAUCCAUUCUAUGAUAGCAAAACGUUCAACAACGACAUCGCCUUAAUGCAGCUGUCCUCACCCGUCGUCUUCUCCGACUACAUCAGACCCGUGUGUCUGGCUGCAGUUGGCAGCGAAUACAACGCUGGGACGACAUGCUGGAUCACCGGAUGGGGAGACAUCAAAGCUGACACUCCCCUGCCUUUCCCAGGGAAGCUGCAGGAGGUGGAGGUUUCUGUCGUGUCCCACAGCGAGUGUAACUCUGUGUACGGUCUAAUCACAUGCAACAUGAUCUGUGUUGGUUCAACCAAAGGAGGAGAAGGAAUCUGCCAAGGAGAUGCAGGCGCCCCACUGAUGAGGAAAUAUGACCAUAAGUGGGUCCAGGCUGGAGUGGCAAUAUUUGGGAGUAUAAAAGGCUGUGGUCUGCCCAAUAUUCCAGAAGGCUUCGCCCGAGUGUCCGAGUAUCAGUCCUGGAUCGAGAGCCAAAUCACCACAGACCAUCCAGGUUUCAUCUGGGCUGGAGCUGUAGGCCUGACUUCCCUGUCACUCCCUCUGAUGCUGUCCAUCUUACUGGGUGUCUUCUCUCUCUUUGUCCUUUCAUAAGACACUUAUUUGGUUUUGUAGGACCAGAAGAUGUCCGGUGAUACUACUGAUUGAAUUAUUUUUCCUAUUAAAUGAUCAGUCAUUGUGUCUUUAACAUUUCCCUGUGGCAGACGCUGGUGACCCCUUUAUCCUGUUAUUGAUUCAUUUCUGUAACAUUAAUGCUUAUAAUAAAGUUUCUUCUUUCUUUUGCUCUGAGCACCUGCCACUGUGAUUCACAUGAAGCUCAUUCAAAGUGUAUUUGAAUGAAUUUCAUUUUCAUUGUCAUCUAAAAUCACUGCACAGGUCUUCCAGUUGUUUUGUAUUGAAGGAGUAUGUGUGCUGUGUGAGACUCGUGUUGUGUUUUUUUACCAGAGGGACCCCUUGUUUGCACAUAACGUGACUAUAUAAAAAAUACAUUCGUAUAAGGACAAGAAUAGAAGACCAUGAUAGCAAGACUAUGAAGUGUGCAGUUUGUCUGUUUGAAGAAACUGUUGUUGUGCUGUU